AUGCUAUUCAAUAAUCCAAAUUUUCAAGAAGUUAAUUAAACUAGUGAUAGUUUACCAAGACCAUCAAUUUAAGAUAUUGUUGAUAAAUAUUCAUUUCGAUAAUCAGAAAAGAAAUAAGAUGAUAAAGAAAGAAUUACAUUUGGUUAAUCAUAUAAAAUAUAAAGAAAAACAGAAAAUGAGAAAGAUGAAAAAUUAGUAUUAAAUGAAUAGAACUUAUCUAAUGUACAAUAGAUUAAUUUAUAUUUUUGAGGUUCUCAGUGAUUUUUCAAUUAUUAGUGAUGAUCCAUCUGUUUUUAUUGGCAUUACAAAUCUCAAAGACAAAGUUUUAAAUCUCAUACAAAAUAAUAGAGAAAGUAUUAGCUAAAACGAUAAGAAAAUAUAAGAAGAAGUCUCAUAAAUAGCCCUUGAAUAUUCUAUGUAUUCUUAAAUUGGAAAAUCAAAACAUGAACCAGAGUUAUAAUAAAUGUGUGCAUUAGUAGAAGAUUUUCUUUAUUAAUUCAAAAAAUCGAAAAACUUAGAAUUAUCUGUCAUUCAUAACUUUUAAUCUGAUGAUUCAUUUUAUUAGAUUAAAGAUAAUAAUAUUGAAAAAUUGAAUAAUAAAUUAAAUACCUUGAAAGAUGCUUUAAGUUAUCAAUUAACGUAUUUUAUUAAUUAAUAAUAUAGUGUAUUAAAAUUACCAGAAACCAAGUAAAUCUUAUAAAAAACUAUUGACAAUUUAAAUGAAAUCAUCAAUGCAAAUGAUAUUGCUACAAUUAAGACAGUAAUAUUUAAAAUUGAAUAAAAAAUUGAAUAAAUCAAAGUUAAUGAAUAUGCUUUAAUUGAAUUAUAUGAUUACAUAAAUAAGGCUGUUAAAGUUUCAAGAUCAAAAUUAACAGAUUAAGACAGAUUAUAAAUUUCUAAAAUAUAUUAAGCUAUUCAAAAACUUAAUUAUUAAAAUUCUUAUUAAUAAGCCUUAGUUUUAUAUGAAUAAUAUCAAAAAUUACCUACAAAGCCUCAUAUUGAUUACUAUAUAAAUAGGAUUUAGUAAUAAUUGUAAUGA